ACCGGAUGUUGCUAUAGACUGCGGAACAGCUGAGAGCAUAUCAACACGGCACCAAAACACAAGGACGGUUCGAAAAAAGGCUUGAAAUAAUAAUAAUAAUAUUAAAAAAAAAAAAAACAUUAACAAAACACUGACACAGACAACGGUGAAAGAAGAACCAUCGAAAACAACUCGGUGAAAGAGUCUUGUCAGCGGAAAACAUUUCUGUUUCAAACGAACGGAUUAAGUUACAAGAAGAACAAAAAAUACGCACGAUGGGCCGUAUCUUCCUGGACCACAUUGGAGGCACUCGCCUCUUCUCGUGUGCUAACUGUGACACAAUCCUGACCAAUCGCUCUGAGCUCAUCUCCACACGCUUCACAGGAGCUACAGGCCGUGCUUUCCUCUUCAACAAGGUGGUGAACCUGCAGUACAGCGAUGUGCAGGACCGGGUGAUGCUCACAGGAAGGCACAUGGUGCGUGAUGUCAGUUGUAAAAACUGCAACAGUAAGCUGGGCUGGAUCUAUGAGUUUGCCACUGAGGAUAGCCAGCGCUACAAAGAAGGGCGUGUCAUCCUAGAGAGGGCACUAGUAAGAGAGAGUGAGGGAUUCGAGGAACAUGUGCCAUCUGAUGCCUCCUGAAUCUCUCUUCUCUUUUAACUCUCUCUCUCUCUAAAUCUCUCUCUCUGUUACGCUGCUCAUCUCAGUCACUGCCGUGUCUGAACACGAUCUGAAUAUCUGAACAACGUAUCCGCUUUUCACAAGCCGGUCCGGCCUUGCUUAGAGACUGCUAAUAAACAAACCGAUUCAGCAGCCCAUCCAUGGCUCUAUAAAGCAACACAACCAUACCUACAAGCGCUCUACAGAUCUGUAAAGCAUCAGACCAAUCCAGCUGCUUCAUAUGGCUCUAAAACAGCAAACCCAGCCUCUCAAUCCAACAACAACUCUGUAGAUCAAUAAAGCAAAUAAACAAAAAAGUUGAUUAAGCUACAUGCUUGUGAUUUAGGCUUUAUAGAUCUGGAUCUGAGCCCGCUAUUAAUGUUUAGAGCAGGUAGAGGUUAUCUUUGUGAGGGAUGCAUUUGCUGCUUCAGCAGAAUGCAAUGUCAGUUUUUGCCACGAUGCUGAUGUCUCUGAUUUUAUUUUCUCAGAGCAGGUCCUAUUUCAGCCCUCAGAUAUAGAGAGUGACACAAGGGGAAGAUAGUGUCAUUGGUCCCUCACUAUUUAUACACAUUGUUUUGGAAUUGAUGGAUAGUAAGAACCCUAUGUUAAUGAUCAAAUCAGUCCAGCACCAUUUUAGUUAGCAUUAUUCUUUUUUCUCGUUUUAACUAAGUGAUGUUAUUUCUUUUUCUUUUCCUAAGACAUGAGGAUAAAAAUGUGUUCAUUUGAUCUUAAUAAAGUAAAUGGUCUUGCUGAA